AUGGCAAGAUCGUGCAAGAUUUUGGCAAAGUUGCCGCGAGUCGGGACAGCUAUAUCGAAUCUUACCAACGUAUGCGAGGAGAUGCGCAGGCACAUAGUCUUAGCAACGCAGGAAACAGCACCUCUUUUCGAAGAGGCAGCAAUUUUAAUGAGCCAGCAACAGGAGGUCGAGACCAAGGAGAAAAUUUUAGAUGCGUUCAAUAACCAUUUUAUAUUGUCUGAAGAUGAGCUUUCAUCCCUUACGUCAUCCGCAAAACCAGUUGAUGACCUGUUUUUCGACGCUCUUGCGCGUAUGAAACAAAUUCACAAGGAUUGCGAAGUCCUGCUAGGAAGCGAGAACCAACGGCUAGGGCUAGAUAUAAUGGAGCAAAGCUCCAAAAAUCUGAACGGUGCAUUUCAGAAACUCUAUAAGUGGAUACAGAAGGAGUUCAAAUCUCUGAAUCUUGAAGAUCCUCAGAUCAGUCUCUCUAUUCGCCGUGCGCUACGAGUACUGGCUGAAAGACCCAGUCUCUUCCAUAACUGCCUCGAUUCUUUCGCUGAUGCAAGAGAGUAUACUCUUUCCGAUUCUUUCCAUACCGCCCUUACAGAUGUUCCCUCUGGUCAGGAAAGAGAUAUGGCAGCCAGGCCAAUUGAGUUCUCCGCACAUGACCCGCUACGCUAUGUAGGAGACAUGCUCGCAUGGGUGCAUUCAGCUGCGGUAUCCGAACGAGAAGCUCUAGAAGCUCUUUUCAUAGGAGAUGAAGGAGAAAUUGCGAAAGGAAUUCAAGCUGGAGUAAACAACGAGCCGUGGUCGCGUGUUGAUGGAGAGGAAAUAGUGUUUGACGGUCCAAAGGCAUUGAAUGACCUCGUUACCCGAGACUUGAACGGAGUUACUCGUUCUUUACGCCAGAGGGUUGAGCUGGUUCUUCAGGGCAACGAGGACUCUAUUGUGAUAUACAAAAUCAUUGGCCUUCUGGCAUUCUACGAAAAUACUUUUUCGAAGCUUCUCGGGCGAGAAUCUGGCUUAGUAACCUCGGUUGCUUCCUUACAGGAGUUUGCAUUCAAGCACUUCCAAAUCUUGAUGCAGGAUCAAUUAGCUGUGGUUUCAGCCGAACCUGCAAACCUCACACCUCCCGCAGACCUGAGCACCCCCCAAUUCCUACAUGACGCACUUGACAACCUUACCUCCUUAAUGAAAGCAUACGACUCCUCCUUCGCGCACGAACAUGCGAACGAUUCGUCUGGCGAAAAUAAAUUUUCACCAAUUAUCCGAGAGGCUUUGGACCCAUUUCUGGAAUUAGCCAAGACUUCAUCGAAUGACAUAUCUGACCCAACCUCACGGGCCGUUUUCCACGUGAACUGUCUUCUUUCUACCCGAGAUGCCAUAUCCCCCUAUCCAUUCGUCUGCGUCACGCAUCUGCCUCAACUCACCAAUACCUUGAAAACCCUAAGAACAACCCUUCUCGAGAUCCAACAUGAGUUCCUCCUCAAUGCAUCCGGACUACACAUACUCCUUACCGCGCUAAAACCUUUCACACCUCCAGCGACAGCUACUCUAGAACCCACGCGCUCCAGUUACCCUCCUGAUCUCGCAACCAUCUCCUCAUUACCUGAGUUUCAACCCCAAACCCUCUCGUCAAUUAGUCAACAACUUGAUGAUUUCCUACCCUCGGCACUAGUCGACGUAACAGAGAACCUGAAAGCCAUCCAUAGCCCUGUGCUUGUAAAAAGCGUGACGGAAGAAGCCGUCGAAGCUUUCUGUACUGAUUUUGAGUUUGUGGAAGGCAUGAUUUUAGGGGCGGAUGAGGCGCGUGGUAAGUUAGUUGUACACGGGGAUGGUGAGGAUGUGGGAGCGGAGGAAGCAGGAGAAGGAGAAGGAGAAGAGCCGCAGGCGGAUAAUUGGAGACUGCGCAGCUUGUUCCCGAGGACGACUGGAGAGAUCAGAGUGCUAUUAAGUUAG